AUGGCUACAGCUGCGGGAGGCCUAAGAAGGCCUGAAGCCGCGGGGGGGGCAGGAAGGCUACCCUGCAGCCCAGUAAAAGGCCACUCCGUGUCCGCAGCCCCGAUCCUCCCACCAUAUAAGGGGGGCCAGUGCCAGUUGCGUGAGUCCUGGAAAGCCGACAUGCGGCCCAGCAAAGGCCGUGCCAUUCGCGCAGCCCCGUUGCCCCCCCAGAUGACGGGGGGUGGCGCUGACCACAGGAGGCCCCGAGGCCACCCCACAGCGCAGAAGAAGGCCGUGCCGCCCGCCGCUAGCCACGGGAGGCCUCUGUAGGCCGUCCCAUGGUCCGAAGUAAAGCUAACUUCCCUUUCCAGGACAGAAAUCCAGGGACAAACCUGGAAAGAAAAUGAAGUGAGCCUGGGCCAAAGAGCAUUGGCCCUUUUCUGGCCCUCACCCCACCCCCCAGCUGGAAGCCCAUUGGCCUGCUGAGAUGGGGGUGGGGCAACGGCCACCCUGUAGCAAGGUGUGUAGCACCUGGCCAGGUAAGCCCACGUGGUGUCGCAAACCCUGCCCACCUCUUGGAGGGCGUGAGCUGUCUUUUUUGCUGAUUGCUAUAUGCUCUUCUCCUGGGUACAUUUUCUGCCCUGUAUGCAUUUACAUUGUGCUGUUGCCAAUUUUUGUUUUAUAUUAGCUUUGUUUUUGUUGUGCCACACCCAUAGCUGUCAACUUUCAGAUUUGAAAAUAAGGGAUCAGCAGCCUCACCUGUCCCGGGGACAGUCUACGGGAUAUCUAACAAUCCGGGAUAACAGUGGGAAGCAGUGGGAAACGGCGCUGGAAUAAGGGAAUUUCCCACAAAAAAAGGGAAGGUUGACAGCUAUGGCCACACCCUGGGCUUUUUGUGAGGGAGGGUGAGUUGGAAAUGCUUUUAAGGGAUACAUAGUUCUGGCCUGAAACAUAGUUUAGCAACCCCUCUUUUUCUGCAGUCAAAGGCAGGCAACGUCCAGCGGGUUUAACAAAUUCCUACUGAUUUCUCUGGGAUUUGCGCUGUGAACCUUGAUCAGUCGCCAACAGAUCUACAGAAGGAAAAUUUAAACCAGCUCCAAAUCCAGAGGCUAGAGGGCAAUAUAAGAAAUAACACAAUUCCCAGCUGGGGCAGAAAAGCAAAGUUUUCACAAGGAAUUUAUUCUGUUCAGUUAAAUAUUUGAUUCAAACUCCUAUUCAUGACCCAGGACUUAUAAUGAACUGUUGACAGUGAAAAACGCAGCACUAGAACACUCUAGGUACAGCUAGCGCCGUUUUAUUCAUGGAGUAGGUAGGUUGAUUAAAAAGGGAAGCACAUGGUUGAAUUUAAGUCAGUCGUUUUAAGACUAAAUGAGAACUACAUUUCAAAUUUGUGAUGAAAAUUGAAUUGUGGAUUUAGAGGCCUUAUCUCAGCUGAAUAUCAUAAUGAGAAAAAUAAACUGGAGUGAGAGGAAGGUUUAUGUAAUAAGAAUGUCCUGGAGGGGAUAUCAUUAACAAUUUUUAAAGAGCCCUGGAGAGUAGUGGGAAGACCAGCACCAUUUGUUUUUCUCAUGUCCUAGGAUGAGGACAUGGGGGAGAGUAUAUCAGGGAACACAGCUGGGACUGCCUGGUAUCCUACGCCUUUUUACUUGCAUACUAUAUGGAAUUGUCCUUUGAAAUGCUGAUUGUAAAAGGUAAAGGUAAGGCGACUAUGGGGUUGCAGCCAGUGGGGUAGCAAGGUCAGGUGGUACCUGGUGCAGAAAAUGUCUUGUCACACCCCCCCACACACAUUGAAAUUAUUAAAAGAAGGGAAAAUAAGAUACUUGCAGUUACAAGUGUUAUUUUCUACCACCUCUUCUUUUCUUUCCUCCUCCUCCCCCGGCUACAACAGCAGCAGCGCCGCCCCCAGUGUCUCUCUCAUCCUUUACCUUGGGGAAAAAAUAUUUUUAAAAAACAUAUUUUUGCCAUUUUGUCACCCCCCUCAGAGAUGACACCCGGGGCAAACUGCCCCCCUGGCAACCCCCUUUCCUACGCCUCUGCCUUCAGGUGUCUUCUAAAAGUCAGAUAGUGUUUAUUUCUUUGGCAUCUGAUAGGAGGGUGUUCCACAGGGCAGGUGCCACCACCGAGAAGGCCAUCUGCCUGGUUCCCUGUAACCUCACUUCUCGCAGUGAGGGAACUACCAGAAGGCCCUCGGAGCUGGACCUCAGUGGGUGGGAAUGGGGGCUGAAUGGUGGAGACACUCCUUCAGGUAUACUGGGCGUACUUCAGGUAUUAAACCCUGUGGAGGCCCCUUGGCAGUCAAAAUCUGGGCGGGGGGGCAGGCCUCAUGUGCACACUGGAAUAACAUUGAACUAAGAAAGCUUGAUUGUCGUUUUCUUUCAAGAUCAAAUCAAUAUUAUUUUGAUCCAUUGUCGUGGGACCCCUAAAAAGUGUGGGGCCCAAAGGCCAGUGCCUCCUCUGUCUAUUUGGUAAUCCAGCCUGGCCCCUUUGAGGCCUCGGACCAUCGGCUGGGUGAGGACUGCAGGGUCUGCUCCCUUCCAAGGCCUUCCAAGGUUAAUUUUAGUAUAAUUGUUCUGUUUUUGUUUUUUGUUGUUUUAUUGGUUCUGUGUAGUUUGUGUUUUGUUUUUAAGGGGCGGGAUCAGGGCUGCCUGGGAGUGGGCCCCAGCCAACACGAUGGCUGGGACAAGGUCCACAGGGGGGGAAGCACGGGGACAUCCGAUCUCGGUGAUCAUGGGCAGGAGGUGGAGUUACGCUAAGGCCAGACCAUGUCAUUACCGAGGAGGCAGGUUUAGUCGUUGUUUGAGGACUAUCCCUGCCUCCGGGUCUGGCCUUGACCGGAUGGAUACUGGAAUCAACAGGGGAAACCCACAUGACCUGAAGGUGUUGCUGUGUAAUGCCAGGUCAAUUAUGACUAAAACCACUGCCAUCCACAACCUGAUUGUGGAUGGAGGAUUUGACCUGAGUUUGGGAUCAGGCUUGGGUGGGAAUUUUAGCUUAGAAAGGAGGGGGGAUUUUUUGUAAAGAUGUGCAGACUGUAAGUACCAUUCCUUUGCUUUCUCUUGGUCUCCUGGGGGCGGGGUGUGAGUCCUGGGGUCCCCUCCACAGCUUAAGCUCUUUGGUCCACCAGGGAGCUUCAUGGCCGAGUGGAGAUUUGAACCCUGCUCUCCCAGGUCCUCCCAGUCCAGCCCUCCAACCACUACACCUCUGCCUGGCUCCAUUUUGCAUCUCUCCAGCUGCCCUACGACAUUGGCCGUCUCCCCCUUCCUGGGGGUCUCUCUGGCUCCAAGGAAGACUCCACCCCCUUCCUCAUGUUCUGCUCCUCUUCUGGGACACCUUGAUGCUUGGAGGACCCUCCUAGGGGUCUCCUCCCUCACCAAGGAAGGACAGGGCUGUCCUAAGAAGACGAGGCAGAGCAGCCCUUUAACAGCUGGCAAUGCUUGUCUUUCCUUUGGGCUGGAACUCUUGAACCCAUAGCACUUGGGUCCUCCUUUCUCUCUCUGCCAGCCAUUCGUGCUCUGGGCUGCCUCUUUCCAGCUCUGCCGAUGCCCUUUCAGGUCGCAAAACUGCAGAGAGAUGGCAGGAAUUGGGCCAGACGCCCCUCCUCAUACACACACACCCCGAAUUGGGGCUGCCAGCUUCUGAGUCGCUCUCUCUGCUCGUCUCUUCUAGGUUCAGGCGCUUAAGGCACCUGAUCAGCUGCAACAAGGUGGCCCCCUUGGAAGUCCUGGAGCAGCCUGCAGUGUCAGGUGACCAAGUGGCCCUCCUUUUGGGGACGGGGGAGGGCAGGAAUGGGCUAGGGUGGCAUCUAGUAAAAAGAUGCACAGAGCCAGACGGCUGGAUCCAACCCUCCUAUCUGUGACAGCAUCUGGAAACCCAACCACCCCCCCCCCCAGCAACCACCCCAUUUUGUGGGGUCUGUUGGAGGAAGCAGGGGGCUGGGCUGUGGGGCAAGGCAGGGGGACAGUUAUCAGUGGGAGGGGCAUCUUCCCUGGGGAGCCAUGUUCUGGGGGCAGGAGGGCAGGAUUGGCCCCCAAGGCCUGGGGUGUCCUUCUCCUGUACUUGGAAUCCUGGACUUGGAAUCCAGGAGAAAACUCUUGGAAAAGCCUUGCAAGGGGCUCAGGGAUGAACUCACCUGUCCCCAUGUCCUUCUCUUUGCAGAUGUGCUAGGAAUCCACAUCCCUUCCGUUGUGGUGAGUAUUGGAUAAAACGAGAGCAGGAAGGGGAUCCCUCAGACCGGCCCCCCUCUUGCACUCCACUCUGCACUCUCAGAUGUGGAGGAGCCCUCCCCCCGCAAGGAACUGACAGCCUGACUUUUGCCUUUCAGCUGCUAGACAAAGAUCAGCUGUAUCUCCUGGGCAUCAUCCAGGACUGCCAGGCAGCUCGGCUCAGGGGGCUCCGAACCCUGAAGUACUCCAAGGAGGAGACAACCAAAGCCAUUCUGGUGAGUGAUGGGUGGUGUGAGGGACCCCCAUGGGGAGGGAGGGGCAGAGAGGGGCUGGCGUUUGGGGUUGGAGCCGUCCUCUGGAGACUCCUGGAAGGAGCUGACUUUCCUCCUCUGCUCUCUUCUAGAACAUCCUUGGCCACUUGGAGUACUUCAGGGAUCGCCCCCUGAGCCUGGCCCUGGCCUUCGAGGCCCUCCUGCAGUUGAGGUGAGUGGGGUCUUUGGGGUGGGUGCGGCUGCAGGGGGGCAGAACUCCAGGGGGAGCUUUGGGUGGGCAAGUCAGGCAGGAGGGAGAAGGGUCAAGGGAGACUUGGAGGAGGCAGUGUCUAACCCCUUCCCUUUCUCUCUCCAGUUUUAUGAGACCCCACUUCAGUCCCUCUAUGGUGAGCGCAAUCCUCCAUAGAACAACAGAGGCAGUUCUGGGGAGCGCAGAGGAGGACAAAGAGGUAUGUCCUCUGCUUUAAGUUCUCUUUGCACAGCUCUUUCUUCUUCCCACACUCUUACAAAAUUUAACCCAGCAGCACUCAACCUCUCUUCUCUCUUUUCCCACAGGAACUGAAGAGGCCAUUCCAGAGCCUGCUGGGGGGUCUCCUCCUAGAAGCCCCCAAUAUUGGCACCCUUCUCCAGUUGCUUACCGUAAGUAUCCUGAUAGCAUCAGGAGUGGUUUUAGGGUUGCCCCCCCAGUCCCUUACCCAAAUGACUGUCCCAUUUCUUUCAUCCCGCAGGACCUCCGAUAUUACGCCCUUUUGGGGAGUGAAGACCAAAGGAAAUUAGCAGCCAGCAGUAUAUCCCUGCUGCUGGCCCUUUCACAAAGAUUCCCGAACCUAAGAGUAAGUAUUUUGCAUUCCUGUUUUCAGUUCUUUGGUUGCUUCCAUCCUUCCUGGGUGGGGCUGCUUCUCUUACACCCAUCCAGGGUGGGGUUCAUAGUGUCAACUGACUCAGAUUUGUCUUUCCUCUGCAGAACACAGUAAUUCAGUCGGACCUGACUUGUUUCAGGAAUAAUCUGAAAGAAGGUAAGCCCCACACCUUGGGGACAGUGAACUCCCUGUCCCUUGUUUGCCCAAGACACACCUCCCAGGUCUUCUUGCUGGGAGUCCUGCAGGACCUGCUCCCUGCCUGGCAGGCCUUUCCCACCUGGCCUGGGAGGGCAGCACCCAGACUGACUCCAGCUACAAGAAGCCCGAGAGGACUGAACAGAUUUUCUCUCUUUUUCAUUCUUUUCCAUCCAGAUGACAUCAUCAUCGAGGAGUUAUGA